AUGGGCCCCAAGCGGCGGCAGCUGACGUUCCGGGAGAAGUCGCGGAUCAUCCAGGAGGUGGAGGAGAACCCGGACCUGCGCAAGGGCGAGAUCGCGCGGCGCUUCAACAUCCCGCCGUCCACGCUGAGCACCAUCCUCAAGAACAAGCGCGCCAUCCUGGCGUCGGAGCGCAAGUACGGGGUGGCCUCCACCUGCCGCAAGACCAACAAGCUGUCCCCCUACGACAAGCUCGAGGGGCUGCUCAUCGCCUGGUUCCAGCAGAUCCGCGCCGCCGGCCUGCCCGUGAAGGGCAUCAUCCUCAAGGAGAAGGCGCUGCGGAUAGCCGAGGAGCUGGGCAUGGAUGACUUCACGGCCUCCAACGGCUGGCUGGACCGCUUCCGCCGGCGCCACGGGGUGGUGUCCUGCAGCGGCGUGGCCCGCGCCCGCUCCCGCAGCGCCGCUCCCCGGGCCCCGGCGGCGCCCGCCAGCCCGCCCGCGGUGCCCUCGGAGGGCGGCGGCGGCGGGGGCGCCACGGGCUGGCGCGCCCAGGAGGAGCAGCCACCAUCGGUGGCCGAGGGCUACGCCUCCCAGGACGUGUUCAGCGCCACCGAGACCAGCUUGUGGUACGACUUUCUGCCCGACCAGGCCGCGGGGCUGUGCGGCAGCGACGGACGGGCCCGCAGGGCCACCCAGCGCCUGAGCGUGCUGCUGUGCGCCAACGCCGACGGCAGCGAGAAGCUGCCCCCGCUGGUGGCCGGCAAGUCAGCCAAGCCCCGCGCCGGCCAGGCCGGCCUGCCCUGCGACUACACCGCCAACUCCAAGGGCGGCGUCACCACCCAGGCCCUGGCCAAGUACCUGAAGGCCCUGGACACUCGCAUGGCUGCAGAGUCUCGCCGAGUCCUGCUCCUCGCUGGCCGCCUGGCUGCCCAGUCCGUGGAUACCUCAGGCCUCCGGCACGUGCAGCUAGCCUUCUUCCCAUCGGGCACAGUGCAGCCGCUGGAGCGGGGCGUUGUCCAGCAGGUGAAGGGCCACUAUCGCCAGGCUAUGCUGCUCAAGGCCAUGGCCGCGCUGGAGGGCCAAGACCGGUCAGGCCUGCAGCUGGGCCUCAUGGAGGCCCUGCACUUCGUGGCUGCCGCUUGGCAGGCCGUGGAGCCUUCUGACAUAGCGGCCUGCUUUCGUGAGGCUGGCUUCGGGGGCGGUCCGAAUGCUACCAUCACCACUGCCUUCAAGAGCGAGGGAGAGGAAGAGGAGGAGGAGGAGGAGGAGGAGGAAGAAGAGGAAGAGGAGGCAGAAGGGGAGGAGGAGGAGCUGGAGGAGGAGGAGGAGGAGGAGGAAGGGGAGGAAGAGGAGGAAGCCGGGGAAGGAGAGGAGUUGGGGGAGGAGGAGGAGGUGGAAGAGGAGGGUGAUGUUGAGGACAGUGAGGAAGAGGAAGAGGAGGAGGAAGAGGAGGAGGAGGAGAGCUCCUCUGAAGGCCUGGAGGCAGAGGACUGGGCCCAGGGUGUGGUGGAGGCCGGUGGCAGCUUCGGAGGCUAUGGCACCCAGGAGGAGGCCCAGUACCCGACCCUCCACUUCCUGGAAGGCCAGGCAGACUCUGAGUCGGACAGUGAGGAAGAGGAGGACGAUGACGACGAUGACGACGAUGAAGAUGACGAAGAUGAGGAUGGCGAUGAGGUCCCUGUGCCUAGCUUUGGGGAGGCCAUGGCUUACUUCGCGAUGGUGAAGAGGUACCUGACCUCCUUCCCCAUCGAUGACCGUGUGCAGAGCCACAUCCUCCACUUGGAACACGAUCUGGUCCAUGUGACCAGGAAGAACCACGCCAGGCAGGCAGGAGUUCGGGGUCUCGGACAUCAGAGCUGA